CCGAGAGGGUCUUUCAAAAAUCUAUUUCCGUAAACAGAGCUGUGGCGUUACAAAUAGAAAUACGCUCUGUAACAAUAUUUGUUUUUUCAGAUAUUAAUGCAUCUUUUACUGUUUUCUGUUUUUGCCUCUUUAUCAACAUGUCAUUACGUUGCCGAAAAAGAUGAGAAUCAAGACCAUUGUCAUCUCAUGAGGCAGUGGACUGAAUCUUCAUCAGUGUCAGUGGAACUAAGAAAAAAUGGAUUUCACAGGGAGUUGGUAACUACUGUUGACCUCAGACCUGGUGCAAUCAGUUCAGUUAAAGUGUUGCUGGUUCAUAGAUGGCCCAGAAGUGUGUAUAUUGAUCCGUUUCAAAUUGCAUCCCUGAGUGAGCAGCUUAAAUUGCAGAUACUUCUAGAUUCAGCCAUUGACUUAGAGGUGCCUGCUCACAAGACUUCAGGAUUUGUCACCUAUGUGUAUCCCUCCUAUGAUGCAACACCUCCAACACUGCUGAAAGUCACAGUUCCAAUUCACGGGCGCUACCAUGAGCCUUCUUUUGUUGGAGAAGCAUUCACAUCUGUUGACAUAGAGGCUCCAGAGCUGCUGCUGCGAGCAGACAAAUGCACAGAAGUCAAAAGCAUCAUUCCUCAUGCUGUUGUGGAUGCCCCAUGCACUUUUGACAAUUCAAGUAAUUGUCAGUGGGUUCAAAUACAGCGUAAGCAGGAAAUUGGCCCAAUGAGUCUCCCAAUACCAGUUGGAGAUGGGUCAUUGGAGGCACCAGUAUGCGGGAUUACACUUCUUGUCACAAUGAUCUGCUGCAUGGCACUGUCCAAGCACAUGUGGAAGCAUCGGAUCAUUUGAGCUCUUUGUGUUAGCUUACAGAACAUAUGGCACAAAGACACUUCCUUGUUUACUUUUAACUCCAAAGUUUACAUGGUCAUCAGUCAUGUUCUGGAUGUAUCAAAUACUAAUAUGCCAAAAAACUAAAUUUAAAUGCUUCUUAACAAUGAUUUGUUCAUUUGUCUUAUUUUGCGGGUCCAGCAGUGAUUAUAUUUUUCAGAUUUAAAACAUUUUAGUCUCCCUUCAUUAUUUUGUCUAAAACAAGGCCAUGAGAAUGAUGUGUAUGUUGUUGAGAUUGUACUGUCAAUAAAACAUGUAAAGUAAGCGA